AUGGACGAUGGUACAAAAUCUUCGCUCUCUUCUACAACCUCCCGAACAGGAAGAAAGAAACGGCCAAUCUAUGCAUGUCUUCCAUGUUAUAGCCGAAGGGUCAAGUGUGAUCACCUUAAGCCUUGUACACCCUGUUGUCUCCGGGGAACGCCUUCUCGAUGCGAUUUCACCGAAGACGGAAGGGAUGAAUAUAUGCUGCAGUCAGAUCUUAUCAAGCGUCUCAAGGAUGAAUGCGCAUGUCUGGAGAGCCGUUUGGCUGAGCUGGAAUUGCUAGGCCUAGGCUCAUCCUAA